UCCUCUCUCCACCGCUCCUCCUACCGCGAGGAAAAGCCCAGGCCACCGGGCCGAGGGAGGGUCGAGAACCACUCAGCGAAAAACCCCGAGCUUCCCUCUCACGCUGCCUCCUCAAGGCAGAGCCGGCCCCGUACCCCUUAAUCCCGGCCUCCCUGGCCCCCUUCCCCGAGUCCUUAGAGAGCCAUGCGCCCCCUCCCGCGGGAACCCGGAGGCGGAGCGCCGCCCACCUGUGGCAGUCGGGCGGGGCUGCGCGCCGGGAACCUGUGGCGCCGUGGGGCUCGCAGCCACGCGCUUCUCCAGCCCCUUCACGCAGCCUCGGGCCUCGUGGCAGAGCCCUGGGUGGCUUUGAAAGGCUUGUUUGUUCGCUGUCGCCUUCUAAGGCUGGAGUGCAGUGGCGCAGUCAUAGCCUGCUGCACCCUGGAACUCCUGGGCUCAAGUGAUCCUCCCGCUUCAGUCUCUGGAGUCCCUGGGCCUACAGAAGUUGGUGAGAUGGCAAAGCAGUACAUAGAGAAAAGUCUUUUGGUUCCAGACCAUGUGAUCACACGCCUAAUGAUGUCCGAGUUGGAGAACAGGCGUGGCCAACACUGGCUCCUUGAUGGUUUUCCUAGGACAUUAGGACAAGCGGAAGCCCUGGACAAAAUCUGUGAAAUGGAUCUAGUGAUCAGUUUGAACAUUCCAUUUGAAACACUUAAAGAUCGUCUCAGCCGUCGCUGGAUUCACCCUCCUAGUGGAAGGGUAUAUAACCUGGAUUUCAAUCCACCUCAUGUACAUGGUAUUGAUGAUGUCACUGGUGAACCAUUAGUCCAGCAGGAGGAUGAUAAACCUGAAGCAGUUGCUGCCAGGCUAAGACAGUACAAAGAUGUGGCAAAGCCAGUCAUUGAAUUAUACAAGAGCCGAGGAGUGCUCCACCAAUUUUCUGGGACGGAGACGAACAAAAUCUGGCCCUACGUUUACACGCUUUUCUCAAACAAGAUCACACCUAUUCAGUCCAAAGAAGCAUAUUGACCCUGCCCAGUGGAAGAACCAGGAAGAUGUGGUCAUUCAUUCGUGUGUGUAGUAUUGGUGCUGUGUCCAAAUUAGAAGCUAGCUGAGGUAGCUUGCAGCAUCUUUUCUAGUUGCAGUGGUGAACUGAUAGGGAAACAGUUGAGCAGAAAGUGUUCACGAAGAGGCCCUCCUCUGCCUUUCAAAAAGAAGGUCACCUACACGUUUAAGGUGUCUCUGCACAUGUCUCAAGCCCUUCACAAGAAAGCAAGUACAGUGUGGAUUUCAAACGGGGUGUAACUUCAGCUCCAGCUGAUUAUUGACAGCUGUGUUGUUGCUGUGGUAUCCUUUUUUACACGUGUUGGUGAUGGUCUCUGGUUCUCCCCAACCCCUCAAAGGCUGUUGAACCACAGCACCAAGAAGGCUGAGAAUGAACACGAAGGGCUCUAGCCCAGGCUUUGUCCUAGGCUGUGUGGUGUGUGCCCUCCUGGUGACAGUGAAAUUGAAGCUGCUCACAGUGGUUGUUUCUCUGGUGUUGAGUGACUGUGUCCACAGUUCAUUUUUUUCCAGUAGGAAUAACUUUUUUCUGCAUCCAUACUCCAUAGAGGCUCUCCUUUUCAGACAUCCUGAGAUGAAAGAAUUUAGCUUCUGGUUUUUUGUUUGACUUUUUUUUUUUAACAUCUGUUUUCACUCUUAGGCUAUUAAACAAAACAGAUUGUUACUGCUCUUUUCCCUCUCAAAUUAAGAACUGAGAGCAAUGGGACUGUAUUGAAUCACUAUACACCAGGAACUGAGCUAUGAAGAGGAUCUUACUAAACUGCUGGUGUGACUCUCAUGGAUUAACACUGUUCCUUUCUUUUGUUGUGAAAAUAACCCCUAAAAGUCUUAGGAACCCCCUAAAGUCUUUUGGGAAUCUGCAAAAAGGAUGGGAAAUAUAAGUAUUUAGCUACAUAAAUGUUAUAAGGUCUUAUGUGUAGAAGUAAAAAGAUCAUUUGGAAUUACUGGACUAAUUGAAUAGUUAAGGUUUCUAUUCAGGACAAUAAAAUGUAUUUUGAAAGUGUUGCUAACUAUUGAUGCUGACAGUGUUUCACUCCUGUGAGUGACCCAAACAUACUAUAAAUAGGUGGUGAAAGGAAUGGAGCCUGUGGGGUUGAGCAGAAUGUUGUACUGGCUGCCCCUGGACUGAGUAUAACAGCUUUACAAUUAUAGGAAAACAAAAUCUUUUUUUUUUUUCCUGUUCCAAAGAUUCAUCCUAUGGGGUGGCCAUAAAGUCUAGAAUUAGAUACUAAUAUUUUGUCAUUCAUUAUAACAUAAUAUCAAUAAACCAUUUGCUAAAAGAUUUGCCUUGUUUCCAGACUUGGUGGCCACCUUGAAUAAUUUUUGCUGUCCUCUGGGAAGGAUGAUGAAAUUUAUUCCUGCUGCCUUAAAAAUAUAUAUCCCUUCAUGCAUCAUGACUGUCCCCAGCGAGUGUCCUUUACUAUUCCUGGGAGUGACUUCUGUCUAACUUUUCAUACCGGUGAGACGGAAAGAAGCCUAUUUUAGUACUUCAGUGGUGUUGAAACACAUUACUUACUUUCUGAAGAUGCUCCAGUGAAUCCUCUGUCAAUUCACUGCCAUAAAUAAUCUGUAUGAUAAUCCAUCUUCCUUCUAGGUACUGCCCAAACUCUUGCCAGCUCCUCUCCCAUUGUCCCUUCAUGUGAAUGUUUUUUGGAUACCUUAGUGGAAAUAUAGAGCAGCCUCCUCCCCAUCCUCUCAAACAUAAUGACAUUGUUUACUAUUUAGGUUUAUAUAGUAAAGAUGCCCAGUCGGGUCUAUGAAUCAUCAGUGCGUUAUAUUGACUCUGAGCACUUUAGAAUUUAGAGUUGCAAUUGAAUGCCAGUUUGUGGAGAUGGGGUGCAUAUUGGAUAUGGAGAUAAAAGCUCAGGUUUGCUGGAGAACCAAGUAUAAAGAAAAAUAAGUUUGACAUGAGGAAAAUGCAUGAUUUAGAGUAGUUCUGCUGUAGAGAAAAUUUCCACAAACUGGGAAAUGUAGAGAGUUAUUCUAUAGAAUAAUCAAAAGGAAAGUCUGUGCUUUUUUGGCAACAGGAAAGUCUUCAAACUUCUUUCUUCACUUCUCAUGUUUAGGUGACCCUCCAAUGUGAUCAUUGCCUUUGGAGUUUGGGAGAGGUUUGGGAAAUGGCUGAUCCCUGUUUCCAUACUUUCCUCGUCCACCCAUCCUUCCCUCCCUCUUCUCCAGCUAAAUGGACAAUUCUGGCCAACAUUGAGUCACUCAGUAGGUCUCAACAGUGGGUGUGUUUGCUGAGAUUGUCCAGCAGUUGAGCGGUUUGAUCUCACCUCCCUUGCUAGGCAAGACCAAAAAAAGACAAAUAUCUUUCCCAUGAUCUUUGAAACAUAAUGCUUAUUUCAUGGUCAAUGGCCUUUAAAAAAAUCUAUUUCUGGUUUUCUUCAACGAACUCACUAGUUUUCCCUUAAAUGAUUUUGUAAAACUUAAGGUUAUCUUCAAAAUGUUUUGCCAAAAGUAAAAGUAAAGGGAUGUCUUUCCCUGUUUUUUUUCUACUAUCACAUAUGACCGUUCCUUCACCAUUAAGCAAAGCAAGUGGUUGAAAUGGUUUCUGAGGUGCCAACCUGACUUCGCAUUCUGUCAUUUUACCCAGCUCUUAAUUCAGUUUGCUUCCAUUAUCCUAACAGAUUUCUUACUUAGAACUUGGAAAUGCUGCUGUGUUUAAUACCCUCCAACACUAACGCAGACUUAAGAUAGGUACUGUUUAUUGAACACCUACUGAGUAAAAUGCGGUUUUAGGACCUUUAUAAACAUUUAAUCUUUCCAGCAUCCUAUGAAACAGUCAUGAUUUCAUGUUGAUAAACAAGACAGGGAUCCCAGGGAUGUGAAGCAUCUUGCUCAGGCUUCUGCAGCUGAUGACCAGUGUAGCCAGGAUUCCAGCCCAGGUUUUCCUGACUCCGAAGACUGAACUUAUUCCUGGAUGUUUUCAAUAACUACUUGUGUCCAAGCAACCAAGGGCCUUGAGUCUGCUUGGUUCUGCUUGUGGCCUCAGAUCAAGAAUAACAGAGCUAGUCUAGGUAUGGACUAGGAGCUAGUCCAUGCCUGUAGUCCCAGUGCUUUGGGAGGCUAUGAUGGGAAAAUUAGCAGAAGUUCAAGACCAGCCCGGCCAAUAUUACAAGACUCCAUCUCUACAGAAAAAUUAAAAAUUAGCCAGGCCUGGUGAUAUAUACUUGUGGUCCUAGUUACUCAGGAGACUGAGGCAGGAGGAUUGUUUGAUCCUAGGAGUUCGAGGCUGCAGUGAGCUAUGAUUGCACCUCUGCACCCCAGCCUAGGCAACACAGUGAGACCCUGUCUCUUUAAAAAAGAAAGUAGCAGAGCUCGAGCUGACCAAAGUGAUGUUCACCUUUUUGUGAUGUUCCUUUCCUCCUCCUCCUCUUGCUUAAGCAAAGAAAGCUGCUAGAGGGGAGUCAGUCUUCCUGCAUAAGACCUCCUUUAUGAAUAGAAUAAAAGGCUGUCAGAGUAGGCUGGGCUUGGGUCCAGGCUAAUCUGUGAAGGAAGCAAGCUCAUGUUCCUUAUCACUUUCGAUGUCCACUGGGUCAUGCCCCUGAAGUGGCCUUUACCCUUGAGCUAUCCCCAGCCAUGGUGCUCACACAUAGGCUUUUGAGCUCCUUGGAGCUAUCCAGGACCCGGCUCACUUUCUUUCCUGAGAUCAGAACAAAUCACCUCCUUACUCCCACUCCAAACAAGGUCUUGAUGAUAAAUGAACCCUCAAAGUGCUGGUAGGUAAACAAACGAUGAUGGAGCAUCGAACACAGAUUAACUCCUGACAUUUGUGCGAUUGUCUCUAGAUUCCAUUACACAUUAACAUGACUCUGAAUGCCAAAUCCAAAUCUUUGCCCAUCAUCUGCUUGUCGUGCAACAGUUGAGGCAGUAACCACGGGAGAUUCACUUCCUGUUUUGUCCUUCCCCAGGGAUUACUCCCCUGCUGCCCUCUGGCAGCCAAGCUCAGAUGAGCUCUGUUGUUACCCUAGGUGUGCCCGUCUCUGGUAGGGAAGGAGAAAGGUAAGAAUAGCCAUUAAUGAAGAAGGAUUCUUGGAGAGAGGUGCUGGUGUGGUUUUUUCUGCUACUUAAGAUGUUGAAACAGGAUAACUUAGAAAGAUGCCUGCACAAACCCAUAAAUAGUGCUUUUAUACGAUUUAGUUCACCAGUACCCGAGUUCAGCAUUUGACAUUAGCUUUUUGUCCAAGGAGUGAAAGCCUGCUGGAGGUCUUUGCUCUAAUAACAAAUACUGCUUACUUCCAAAUGUGUUCAGGUAGAGGCAGUAGGUACUGUUUGUUUACUCCAUGUUAGGUAUGUUACAUGCAUUGGCUAAUCAAAUACUUAUCAGCUACCUAUGUAAUAAUCUCAAUUGCCUCCUAGUUUUAUAAGUGGAAAUAAUCCUGUUUAUUUAAACGUGUUUUCAUGUACCUAUAGGGAUUAAUCAGGAAAUUCAAAGAGCCUUUUUUAUACCUUUCCCUAGUUUGAGCUCCCUGUUCUCAUUAACAGAUAGAACAAUGUAUUUACUUCAGCCUGGAAUCUUUUAUUUUUGGUGCUUCAGUGCAGAGACGGGAAACAGGUAGUUGCCCACUGUAUCUACAGAGGGCAUGUCUCAUCUUUGUUCUGCUGGGUAUAGGAUUUCACCUGUGAAUUCUGUUGAUUAUCUUUCACUUAGUUUCUUUACUUUCUGCAGUUGCUUUUGCUAAAGAGGCAGUUCGUAAGGUGAGGUCCUGUUCAUAGUAUGACUUGCUUUCUCACUGUCCCCUUCCAUUUUUAGUAUCUCUGGUCUAUUUGAUGUCUUUAACAAAAGAACCUGCUAAUGGAGACUUUUAAUAUGGUAAUGUGGUCUGGUAAUAAGUUAUUCCUUUCCACAUGUAAGUGACCCAGUUUCCAGAUGAGAAGUGUGCAAGCCUCAGAUGUUGAGAAGCUGUAUUUCAACUAUGAAAAAAAUCUGCUUCCUGAAUCUGUUGAAAUAUAAUUGUUCAUACUUGCCAUCCCUUAUCUUUCUCAUAACAAUUUGCACAGUUCUUGCCAGAAUAAAUGCCAUUAUCUAUAUGUUUCAGGGAAUUCCCCAAUUUGAUCAGUGAGGUUUGUGUGUGUGUGUGUGUGUGUGUGUGUGUGUGUGUGUGACUCAGUAAAACACUUCUAAAGGGUGAAAGCUCUUGUAUGGCAUAUAUAUGAAUUACUUCCUCUGGAAAUAAUCAGGUUAUUCCCGGAAACGCAGUGUCAUUCUUUAAGUAAAAGCUUUCCUGUUUAAAGCUUUUCAAAGGAGCAGACCACCUUGAAGAUUCCCCCUAGGGUUGAUAUGUGUCUAAUUCAUUUUAUAAAAUUAUUCUUGUCUUCAUUUUAAAGCUUUGGCUGUAUAGUCAGAAAUGUCCUAAAUAACAAACUAUUUUGUAUUUAAUUUAGAGAAGAGUAAAGGGAAGAAAAACGAAAACUCCGUCUUUAUGUAAGCUCCAAGGAUAUUAGGGCUUAGAGGGCUUUUCUAGUUUUAUGAGAAUUUGUACUACUGAUUUUUAUAUAUUCUUGUUUUUGAGAUGGACAGAUCUCUGGGGAAAUUGUUGAGUUACAAUGGCAUUUCACUGUGAUCCCUCUCAAGCUCACGUCAGUUCUGUAACCCAAUGAUGACCUGUCUCUUUGGUUUACUGUCCUGUGAAAUGUCCGCUCAAGUUUCCCAGAAGUCGUGUGUUUACGAUGAGUCAGAGUGAUUUUCCUUGGUGGGAUGGUUGUUGGCCUUCUUAAUUUUGGUGUAUGUGCUUCAAAGUAUCUAAAUCUCCCGUCUGAUCUGUUUAUGCUAUCCUAACUGUUAAUUUUAUUAUUGAUUAUUUUGAUUAUCUUGCUUGAAGGUUCAUACUUCUCAAUUUGAUAGAAAUAAAGUUUUUUUCUGCUUAUAA